CCCCAGCUCAUUUGUAUCUCUAACUACAAUUCUACAUAAAAUAACAAGAAAACUGUAAAAAAGCUAAGAAAUGUCAUUAUCUAUGUCACGAUUUAUCGGUGCUUCUUCCAUUUCGACACUCCCAAGUUCAAACUCGAGAUACUUAGCAUCAAUUUUGAUUUCAUUUCCGUAUAACACGGAUCUUGCAUCACGAAAAGUUCAUGAUUUUACUAGUACAAGCUUGCAAUAUGAUCCCAUAAAGAGAAUAUCGAGAAGAAGUUUUGUUGUACGCAGCAACAUUACUCCACCACCUCCCGGAGCUCCACUUCCUUCUGGGUCACCUUCCGGUUCUAUGAGAAAUUGGAUUGUAGGUAUCGUGUUAACAUUUGUUUUACCAUUUUUCACGCAUAAAUUGGGGCCAUUACAAGUACUAAAAAAUAAGGUGGACACGGCUGUGAACUCGGUGGAGCAUAUAGUAGAAGCUAUCGCGGAUGUAGCGGAGAAAGUUGAUGACAUGAUCGAUAAUAUUACGGACGAUCUCCCCGAAAACAGCAAACUUAGAAAAACCAUGGAAUCCAUCGAUGAGCUGGUUGAAGGGGUAGCUAAGGCUGCCCAUGCUACCGAUGAUAUCAUCGAUAAGCUGGAGGAAGUUGAAGAUAAACUAGAAGCAAUGAUUCUGGAUGAAGCCAAACACGUAGACGACGCCGAUGCCUCCAAACAAGUAGUGAAGGAAGAAGAAAUUCGCACCCAAGAACGGAAAUCAAAAUAAUGUUGGUCAACUUACGUUUCAAUAUCGGACAAAAGAUUAGGUGAUUCAAAAUAUUGGAGAAACUAAGGAAAACUGGUUUAAUUUGUUUGUAAUGAUUUUAACAUGUCUUUAAUUGUACAUUCAAUUGUUUAUAAUUUAUUAUUACUUUUAAUAAAUCCAUUAAUUUUACUA